AUGGCCACGUGUUGAGUGGAGUGUUUACGCGGACGAGACGUUUGGUGCUCGACUGUGAAUCAGCGAGCGACGGCGCGGUCGCGAUCGGCCGAUCCUCUCGUCGUGAUUCCUGUGACGGGAAAGCGCGCCGUGUGUUCAACGAUGCGCGCCUAGAACUGGCCGACUGUCCGUUCGUUAGGCGCGCUAUUCUCGGCAAAUAUGGAGGGUGCGGCGGACGAGCCCAACACCAAGUACAUUCACGUCUGUAAAGAUCUUUGCUGUGUCACCAACGAGACGGAGCGCCGCGACAUCAUCGCAAAUCUCUCCAUGCAGAACUACCGGCCGCACGGUUGCCUCUCCAGGGCGUUGUACGAUAAGGAAAAAGCUGAUGAGUGGCUGGAAGACUAUGACAAACGCAGGGUGAGUGAGUGGUACAGAGUGGACAGGAGAAAGUUCAGUGAAGACUUGCUCAAUCUGUGGAUCCCACUCGGUACCGGUCCUGACGCCGACCUGCCUGACAAAGCCGCCAAACAUUUCAUUACGAGAUCCACCGAAAGGUCCGACUCGUUGUCCUUGCAGGCUUGGCAUUCGUUAGCUAGGUCGGUGUUAUCCUGGUUCAUCACUCGAACAUCCAUAAACGGACUGCUGGGCCGCGGCUCCAUGCACGUGUUCUCCAGCGAGCAAUUCCAAAGGCUAAUGAACGCGAGCGGCUUCAUGGGCCCUUGGCAUUCCUUGGUGGACCUCGGGGCAGGCGACGGUGCAACCACCGCCCACGUGGCGUAUCUCUUCGAGAAGGUGUACGCCACGGAUAUCUCACUCCCCAUGAGAUGGGCUCUGGCGAGAAGGAAGUUUACGGUGCUCGACGCGGAGAAGUGGCACCAAGAAGCCGGUCCCUUCAACGUCAUCCUUUGCUUAAACCUUCUCGACCGCUGCGACCGGCCGAACACUAUGCUGAGUCUGCUGAAAGCCUCGCUAGCCCCUGGCGGUAGACUGGUUGUCGCCCUAGUGUUACCGUUCAGCCCCUACGUCGAGGUCGGCGAGAGAGGCAACCAUAAACCCUUGGAGGACUUGCCAGUACGGGAGAACGGGGUCGAGGCGCAGAUAAUCGAACUCGUCGACCGGGUCUUCACUCCCGCGGGUCUGAGGUGCCUCGCCUGGAGCAAAUUGCCAUAUCUUUGCGAGGGUGACCUGGGCCAGGCUUAUUACUUCCUACAUGACAUGAUUUUUGUGUUGGAGGCGCAGCCGAUACACUUGCAGCCAAUACUUCCGCAACCUUCCCAAUACACUGAAAGUGAAUUCGCCGAGGUGGACGAUGUGUUAGAUGAUGUGUCGGAGAGUGACUUUUAAGUGUACCUCUUGCGGUAAUUGACGCAAGAAAAGUAGGAUAAAAGAGGGGGGGGGGAUAGAAAGAGAGAGAGGAGGAAGGGAAGGAAAGAGAAAGGGAGAGAUAGGAAGAGAGAAGUGUGACACAAGUCUCUCACACUUGUAAAAACUUUAAUAAUUGCUGUCAUGAGUUAGAAUUAUGCGAGAAUACAGAAGAGCAAUACUGACAAGCGACGACGAGCUUAAAAUGUGCAGACACAGCGGUUAGCGUUUGGUGUACGAAUAUCAUUAAGCGAUCCGUGUUAAAAAAGAAACCGGAUCGACGACGGUGCGCAUUUUACAUCGUUUAUUAUCCUUACUGUCGAAUUCGGUGCGGAAACGUGUACACGGCCUAUGGUAUAGAUAUGGCGUGAGAAUAACGAGAUCCGGAAACGAAAUCUGUAAUUUUUCUUUUUCCAUGCCUUUCUUUCGUGCGCUCGACUGCGUUCGAAAACAUAUCUUUACGAUUUGGUCGAGGCAAUUGGCUAAAGAGAAUUUAUGUUCUCAAAGCGAAAGUUGUAGCAACUCGACGAAUUAAGUCUCUCUUUGCCAAUUAUUUUAUCAAUUAAUUCACCAAUUAUCAACACAAGAGAUAGAUAUGGCGCAAACUGUGAGCUGGAAGGAAGAAUAUGCCAAAGUUAGAUACAAUUUACGUUGGUCACAGUAAUUGCAACGUCAAAGUUAGGCUUUAUGAAGAGAAUAAGUCUUUUUAUGCUUGUUUCUAUUAACGUCGAUUAAACCUCAACCUAAGUUCAAAUUCUAUUCGGAUAUAGACUUAAACUUAGUUUAAGAUUUAAGGUUUAAUCGAUAUUUAGUAAAGACGUUAGAAUUUAAUUCUUAAAAUUUAAUUCAGCGGUCUACCCACGAUCGACACAUACAUAGAGAAAAUAUUGCAGCAAAAAUUACAUUAAGAUCAUAUUUUAUUUUAAAUAAUUUUUUUUUUAAGUUUUAUGAGUUUGAUAAUAUGAUAUUAAUUACGAUCUAUCGCGAAUAUGAUAUAAAUUCAAGUAAUUACACCAGUAAUUUGGUAAUAAAAAGUUAAACACGCAUAAAAUUUUUAAACAAAGUAAUUUCGAUCACAAUUUUUUAUUUUCUCAGAUUAAAAAAUGUUGUUAAAUUUUGUUGUAAUUUUUACCGCAAUAUUUUCUCUGUGUACAAUAUCAAGCUGCGGUUGUGGUAGAAAGUAUCGUAGCGAAAUGUAUAGAGUAGAACGAGAAUUAACCCUUUGCACUCGAUUUUUCCGCUAUAGCGAACUAGCAACUAGAAGCUGUUUUGAUAAAAAGAUGAUGAAAUUUGUUACAGCUAACAAAAAUAAAUUAUACAUAAAUUAACAUAUAAAACUAUCGUAUUUCAGUACUAUCGGGAUUAAACAUAAGCAGUUAUUGUCGCCUCUCACUCGCUAUUCGAGUUGUUGCAUCAAAUCUGAGAAUCGCCUCUCGAGUGCAAAGGAUUAAAACAACCGAAUUUUCACAGUGCUGCGAAUUCGCUUUGAUAAUACUAAUGCACAAAAUCUCUUUCUCUCGCCGAAUUGUCCCGACCAAUUGCACAAAUGUUCUCGAACAGGGAAUAAGCUUAAUUUUGUGUCGUUGUGGUCUUGAACGCAGUCUCCAAAGUCUCAAAUGUCUCGAAAGAUUCCAUUUGUCGGACCAAUCUUCUCCUCUCACAAUCAGUCAGACUCUGUUUCCGCGCUCCCUUUUUCCCCAUUUGGCAUAACUGCAGUGACGUGGAUAUGCUUAGUCGCGCCGUCAGUUACACAACCGACGACAAAGGACAAACGGCGGUACGUUUACAUCUCUUUUCUCCUUUUUUCCUUUUUUUUUAUAUAAUAGCUACUAUAAGAAAUAAGUCCAUCUAGUUAUUGGAAAUACACUUUGGUGUGCAACAAGUUAUCGUCGAAUUACGAAUCAUAUUAGCAGCAGUAGCAGCAGCCUCUUUGUCAAUGUAUAUGUAUGUCAACGAAAAACGCAGUCUUAUAGAAGCCGGAUCUACGUGCGUAUGUAAAAACGAAACUACUAUCCAUCUAUAAGGGACAAAAUAAAGAACCACUAUCGACAAUGA